CAAAAUAAAGUUUUAUGAGUAGCAUUGAGAUUGUUGAUAAAAACUGGAUGGGUAAAUGGUAUUAUUGCCGAGUGCCUUAGUGCGAGGCACCUGAAAUCUGCAGAAUGGUCAUGCUAGGACCAUACAGGGUAACUUUGCCUCCCACCUCACCCGUGAACCGCACUACGCACGAGCUGAUCGCACUAACGCACAGCAUCUCUCCUCCUCCUCCUCCUCCCUACCCAGGACAACCAGCUGGUGAUUCAGGAGCGGAAGACUGGAUACCCCAUCCCUGGAGAUGA